CAAAAUUAGCACGGCAGUACGUCCUUGAGUUCGACUCUUUCACUGUCGAACUGUUUCUUUUUCUCUCUCUAGAUUUCUGGGUUCCAACUGUUUAGUCUUUAGAGAAAGAUAGAGAGAGAGUAAACGGUGCUCUGUGAAUAAAUGGCGGCAGCUGAUUUACCGGAGGGGACUCUUCAGAACGUACUGGAGCAAGACAGCCUCAAGUGGGUUUUUGUUGGUGGGAAAGGUGGUGUAGGCAAAACGACCUGUAGCUCGAUUCUCUCGAUCCUUCUCUCCAGGGUCAGAUCCUCUGUUUUGAUCAUCUCAACCGACCCUGCUCACAAUCUCAGCGAUGCUUUUCAACAGAAGUUCACCAAGACUCCAACUUUGGUUAAUGGGUUCACCAAUCUGUAUGCUAUGGAAGUGGAUCCUACUGUUGAGCAUGAAGACAUGGGAACAGAUGGAAUGGACAAUUUGUUUUCUGAGCUAGCAAAUGCCAUUCCAGGAAUUGAUGAAGCCAUGAGCUUUGCAGAGAUGCUCAAAUUGGUCCAAACAAUGGAUUAUUCGGUUAUAGUAUUUGACACUGCACCAACUGGCCAUACACUUCGGCUGUUGCAGUUUCCAUCAACCUUGGAGAAAGGUCUGGCAAAAGUGAUGUCUUUGAAAAAUAAAUUCGGUGGUUUAAUGAGUCAGAUGACCCGCCUCUUUGGUGUUGAUGAUGAAUUUGGAGAGGAUGCAAUUCUGGGAAAGCUCGAGGGCAUGAAAGAUGUGAUUGAACAAGUUAACAGGCAAUUCAAAGACCCAGACUUGACAACCUUUGUCUGCGUUUGCAUUCCAGAGUUCCUCUCUCUCUAUGAAACAGAGAGACUGGUUCAGGAACUCACCAAAUUUGAGAUAGAUACACACAAUAUUAUCAUUAACCAAGUACUUUAUGACGAAGAAGGCUCAGAAUCCAAAUUACUCAAAGCAAGAAUGCGAAUGCAACAAAAGUACCUUGACCAGUUCUACAUGUUGUAUGAUGACUUUAACAUAACCAAGCUGCCAUUGCUGCCGGAAGAGGUUACCGGAGUUGAAGCUCUGAAAGCAUUUUCACGUCAUUUUCUGACACCAUAUCAACCUUCCGCCAGCGAAAGCACAGUGGAAGCGUUAGAGCAAAGGGUAUCCACUCUAAGGCAGCAGUUGAAAGAUGCUGAAGCACAACUAGAAAAACUAAGAAAAGGGAAGCAAAAGGUCUAAUAAUUCCAUGUUCUCCGCUUUCUAGUUUAGCAUCAGAUGGCAUCAUCUCCCACCUUUGGGCUACCAGGAGAAGUGAUUGAUGCUUCAAGUUGUUUGCUUUAUUUGAUGAAUUCUUUUCUGUCCUCUUAGAAUCUUAGAUCAUGAAAACUGACAUGUCUUCCACAUUAAUGUAAUUUAUUUCAUUUAAGUUGAUUCCGCAGUGAACAAUUUAUAGGAGAAACUCUUUUUUCUUUUUGCUGUCCUGAUAGUUAUGUCAGAUUAUGCAGCAAUUUUGUUUUGGAAAGAAUAGUAAAUGGAUUAUUAGCUUGUAUACAUUGGAUUCUGGUACCACUGUGGAAUAUGAAUUGGCAUUUUAUGGAAAUUUAA